UAAGGCGGGUUUCAAAUAUUAUCUCCACAGACUCAGACAGACAGACACAGCUCUUUCUUUCUUCGCAUUAUCCCUUCGGACUGAGCAAAGCAAACGACACACAUGGCAAUCUCCACCGCCCUUAUCUCCACCUUUCUCUCCGGUGAAACGGCGUCGUUCCCACUUCCCUUCAUCAACUUCUCACCUUCCCCUUCUCCCAUGCCUGUCCACUUGCGCGUGGCACGCACGCCCACUCUCGCCACCGCUUCCAAGCAGGCCUCCACCGGCAAGGGCGAACUCCGAGGCAUUAUGAAGCCAAGGAAAGUCUCGCCGGAGAUGCAAUCCCUUGUUGGAGCUCCUGAGAUUUCUCGUACACAAGCCCUUAAGGUUAUUUGGGCUCACAUUAAGGAGAACAAUCUUCAGGACCCUGAAAACAAGAGAAUCAUUGUUUGUGACGACAAGCUGAAGAGUAUUUUUAAGGGAAAGGACCGCGUUGGAUUUCUUGAAAUUGCAGGAUUGAUUACUCCUCACUUUCUUUGAUCGAAAACUAGCGAGGGAUAGCCUAUAGCGAUGCGGAUGGUUUAUAUGUAGGGCUGUUUUUUUGGGUAAUGAUACUAGUAGAAGGUGGGAACUGCUGAAUUUUGGAUCUAAGAAAGUGUCAUAGUUUUUUAUUUUUUUUUUCUUCUUAAAGAACUAGUUGUUAUGUAAGUGUUUCUGUUUCAGAACUCCUUAUUGUGUAGUAAGCUUUUCUAGGCAAAUAUCUUUGGUGACUGCCGGUUUGCA